AUGUUAACUUUAGAAAUUAUAUGUUAUUGGCGUUUUGAAGGAACACAAUAUUUUAAUAGCACACGUUGUUAUGAUAGUGAAACAAAAGAAUGGUCUGAAUUAGCUCCAAUGAAUUAUGCAAGAUGUUAUAUAUCAGCAUGUGAAAUUAAUGGUACAAUUAUUGCUGCCGGUGGUUCAGAUGGUAGAUCGAGACUUCGAACUGCUGAAAUGUAUGAUAUCAACAAAAAUCAAUGGACAAAAAUUCGAAAUAUGACACAACGACGAUCAGAUGCAGCAGCAUGUGCUAUGGGUGGUAAAAUGUACGUAGCUGGUGGUUAUACCGGUGAAACGGUAUUACAAACGGUUGAAAUGUAUACACCAGAAACGGAUAUUUGGACUGAAGUUGCACAUAUGAGCUCACCAAGAUCCGGCCUGGCAUGUGCAGCAAGUACAGAUUUUAUACUAAUCGCUGGUGGAUACGAUGGUACAAAUCGAUUAAGCAGUGCAGAAAUCCUACGAAAUGGAAGUGCCCAUACUGUAAAUGUUGAAUCAAUGCCAAUGCCAAGAUCAAAUUUUGCAAUGUGCAGAAUGGGAAAUUAUUUUUAUGCUAUUGGUGGUUAUAAUAGAACGGUGACUAAAACAGUGGUACGUUUUGAUGGUAAAAAAUGGGAACGAAUUUGUGAUUUAUCAGUUUCACGUAGUGCUUUACGUGUUGUACUACUGAAAGCUUGGCCUGAUCCAAAUGAAUUGCUUUGCAAUACGAAUACAAAUUCAGAAAUCACGCAAAAUUGGACGUAUGAAAUAGAAUCUUCAGAAUGUCAAGAAACGAGUGGUUCUCAAAUAACAGAUAUAAGUGAUAAUUCAAAUUAA